AUGUCUCGUCUGUGUAUCUCUCUAUGUCUUCGUUAUCUAUCUAUCUAUCUAUCUACUCAUAUCUAUCUCAGUUCUUAUCUAUCUAUCUAUCUAUCUAUCUAUCUAUCUAUCUAUCUAUCUAUCUAUCUCAGUUUAUUCAUAUUUAUCUCUAUUUAUUAUCUACCUAUAUAUCGCAGUUUAUUCAUAAUUAUUUAUCUCUGUUCAUAUCUAUCUAUCUAUCUAUCUAUCUAUCUAUCUAUCUAUCUAUCUAUCUAUCUAUCUGACAGUGUAUUCAUAUCUAUCUAUCUAUCUAUCUAUCUAUCUAUCAGUUUCUUUAUGUCUAUCAAUAUAUCUGUUUCUAGCAAUGUAUUCAUAUCUAUCUAUCUAUCUAUCUAUCUAUCUAUCUAUCUGCCAUUGUGUUUCUUUCGAAAAUUGAAUGAAUUUGUUUUUUUCUUUUCUUUUCAUAGCAAAUCCCGUCUUUGUUGUUUUCAUAAUCACGACUUCUAUCAAUUACGUUUUCCAUUUUUACCUGACGUAACAGUUCCUCGGUACUAUCUCCAAUAUAGCGACACCAGAUACCUGUUUCAAUCUGUCCACUUUCCUCGGCACAAAUCAGGCGCUUCCCACGUUCUCUUCUCCAAUAUUCAUUAUCUAUCUAUCUAUCUAUCUAUCUAUCUAUCUCAGUUUCUUCAUACCUAUCUGUCUCAGUAUUCAUUAUCUAUCUCAGUCUGUACAUCUCUAUCUAUCUCAGUCUGUUCAUAUCUAUCUAUCGAUCGAUCUAUCUAUCUCACUCUCUUCUUCUGA